UUCAGUCGUCUAGGAGAAAACCGAAUUUUUUUUUUGACAAAGUGGGUUUGCAAAACACCCGAGAAAAGAGUUAGAAAGCUUGCGUGGAUCAAAAACUCUAAAAGUAAACUGAAGAAUUGAAUAUGGCGUGGAAAAUAGAAGCGUUAGAAGAGUUCAAGAUCCAACCUUUGGAAGUGAAAUGGUAGUGCAAGGCUUUCUGUGAUUUUCCAAGAACGACGUAACCUGACAGAAAUGGGGUUAUGGAUGUUAACACCAGGAAGAUUAAUUUCUGGUUCUAAUUUAGACAACGAAAUGAACGGUUUGACUACCAUUGCUGAACCCCAUAACCAUAAAUGUGUUUUACCCUGGUAGACUGAAUGCCAACGCUUAAUUCGUAGGAUGCCAUACACCGCCUAUCUUAGAGCAUUCUGCAGAGAAGGUCGCUUGAAAGAGGCGCUACACAUACUGCUUACUACACAUAACCCUCCUGUAGACUCUUCUACAUAUCUUCAACUAUUGCAGACUUGCAUUUCCAAGAAUGGGUUUUCAGAGGCUUGCAGAGUUUUCGACCACAUGACAGAACGAGACGUCUUCUCAUGGAAUGUGAUGAUUGCAGCUUACCGAAGACAUGGGUUUCCUCAAAACGCAUUGACACUGUUUUACCAAAUGCAACGAACUGAUGUGCAACCGGAUCGGAUCACGUUUGCCAGUAUUCUCCCCGCAUGUGCCAGAAUGGGAGCUUUGGAACAGGGUAUAGAGAUCUAUGAAAAAGUAAUUGAAUGUGGGUUUUUGUCAGAUGUUGUAAUUGGAAAUGGCUUGAUAGACAUGUUUGCUAAAUGCGGAAGAAUAGAGAAGGCCCGCGAGUUGUUUGAUAAAAUGCCUCUACGAAAUGUGUUCUCAUGGAAUAUGAUGAUUGCUGGAUAUACACAAUAUGGUUUUUUGAAUGAAGCUUCAAGACUUUUCACAGAAAUGCCACAACGAGAUGCGGUCUCGUGGAACGCCAUGAUUACAGGAUAUGUGCAAAAUGGCUUUAUUGACGAGGCUACGAGACUUUUUAAAGAAAUGCCUCAGCCAAACUUGGUCUCGUGGAAUGCAAUGAUUGCCGGAUUUGCACAGAACGAGCUUGUUGCAAAGGCAUUGGAGACAUUUAAGGAAAUGCAAUUGGCAGGUGUAAAUCCGGACUCAGCAACCAUUUGCAGUAUCCUCCCACCGUGUGCCAAACUUGGAGAACUGGGACUGGGCAUGGAGUUCCAUCGAAGAAUAAUUGAAUGGGGAUUUACAUCAGAUGUUAUAGUUGUCACUGCACUGAUAGACAUGUAUGCAAAAUGUGGAAGUGUACAAAAUGCACGCAAUUUGUUUGAUAGAAUGUCUACACGAGAUGCAGUCUUAUGGACUGCGAUGAUUGCAGGAUAUGGACAAAAUGGUGCUCUUGAUGAUGCCUUAAAGCUUUUCAAUGAAAUGCCUCGACGAGAUGUGGUUUCAUGGAAUGCAGUCAUUGCUGGAUAUGUGCAAAAUGGACUUGUUGAAAAGGCCAUGGAUAUUUUUCAUGAAAUGCAAUCUGCAGGUGUAAAGCCAAACUCCUCAACAUUUGUCAGCAUUCUCCCAGCGUGUGCGAAAAUGGGUGCUUUGGAACAGGGCAUGGCAUUCCAUCAAACAAUCAUUGAAUGUAGGUUUUUGUCAAAUGUGGAAGUUGGGAAUGCCUUGAUAGCCAUGUAUGCUAAAUGUGGAAGCCUACAGAAGGCACGCAAAUUGUUUGACAAGAUGCAUCAGCCGAAUGUGAUUUCGUGGACUGCAAUGAUUGCAGGAUAUGCAAUGCAUGGCUAUGGCAAAGAUGCCCUUAAACUCUUCGAACUAAUGAAGUACUCCAGAACCAAGCCUAACCAUAUAAGUUUUGUUUGUGCUUUGUAUGCAUGCAGCCAUGCAGGUCUAGUGGAUGAAGGCUGUAAAUAUUAUGAUUGCAUGAGUGAAUCGUAUUGCAUUACACCUACAAUGGACCAUUAUGUAUGCAUGGUAGAUCUUCUCGGCCGUGCUGGCUAUCUUGAGGAAACCCUAAACUUCAUCAUCAAAAUGCCAAUUAAACCUGAUAUGGUUGUGUGGAUGUGCUUUCUAAGCGCUUGUCGAUUACACAAAAAUAUAGAGCUAGGAGAAUUUGCUGCAACACUAGUUUAUGAGUUAGAUCCUGAACAUGCUGCACCAUAUGUUCUUCUGUCAGACAUUUAUGCAGAAGUGUGCAGGUGGGAUGAUGUUCAAAAUGUAUGGAAAUUGAUGAAAGAUAGAGGGAUUAAGAAGAUGCCUGGAUGUAGUUGGAUUGAAGUCCAUAAAACUGUACAUGUUUUUAGUGCAGGAGACAGAUCACACCCACAAACACAGGCCAUUUAUACAAAGUUGGAGGAACUGUCUUGUGAGAUGAAGGCAGCAGGGUAUAUUUUAGAUUCAGUCCCUGCAGUGAAUAAUAUUGAGGAGGAGGAGAAGGAACUAUUCACCUGCCACCAUAGUGAGAAGUUGGCAAUGGCGUUUGGUUUAUUAAACACACCCCCAGGAAGAACUAUUAGAGUUGUCAAAAAUCUUCGUGUGUGUGUAGACUGCCACAUUACAACCAAGUUUAUCUCCAAGAUCGUUGGAAGAGAAAUUGUUGUGAGAGAUGCCAAUCGGUUCCAUCAUUUUAAACAUGGACAAUGUUCUUGUGGAGAUUAUUGGUGAUGAUAUGUGAACAUGGCGUUAAGGUAACAAUGGGAAGAAAUUAAGUUAUACUUUCAUUUUUUCAGUCAUGGAUUUAAGAUCUUGGAUAGUUAUACCCUGUUGUCAACUUGAUGAAAUCAUAUGCAUAUUGUAAAGAUGCAUCAUUUUCUAGAUUUAUUGCUGGAGUAUUUCUUAAUGGUCUUUUUCUAAAGACUUGUAACAUUGACCUAUUGAAAAUAUAAAAGGAGAGAAAUGCUUCUCUAGGAGGAAAGCUACUCAGUAAACUGGAAUGUGAAAAAUGGCGCACAAUAAUAAAUGAAUU